GUGACCUUUGUAUGGUGUGUUUUACAGGUGCCUAUCUCAGCGUUGGCAGAGAGGGGGAAAUGCUUCCAAUUCCUGUACAGUGCUCGCAUUACUUGGGGCACCAUGUGCUUUCAUGGGUUCCCUGGCUCCCGGUCACAUCGCUGAGUGAGUAUUGAACUAAUAAAGCAAUCGGGGGUAUAGAGUAUUAAUAGUGAUAGAGUAACCAUAUAAUGAGAGUAAUAAUAACGGAAUGGGGGUAUAGAGUAUUAAUAGUGAUAGAGUAAGCGUCUAUUGAGAGUAAUAAAAAAAAUGGGGGUAUAGCGUAUUAAUAGUGAUACAGUAACCAUCUAAUGAGAGUAAUAAUAACGUAAUGGGGGUAUAGAGUAUUAAUAGUGAUAGAGUAACCAUAUAAUGAGAGUAAUAAUAACAGAAUGGGGGUAUAGAGUAUUAAUAGUGAUACAGUAACCAUAUAAUGAGGGUAAUAAUAAAGCAAUCGGGGGUAUAGAGUAUUAAGAGUGAUACAGUAACUGUCUAAUGAGAGUAAUAAUAAAGUAAUAGGGGUAUAGAGUAUUAAUAGUGAUACAGUAAGCGUCUAAUGAGAGUAAUAAUAACAUAAUGGGGGUAUAGAGUAUUAUUAGUGAUACAGUUAAAGUCUAAUGAGAGUAAUAAUAACAUAAUGGGGGUAUAGAGUAUUAUUAGUGAUACAGUAACCAUAUAAUGAGGGUAAUAAUAAAGCAAUCGGGGGUAUAGCGUAUUAAGAGUGAUACAGUAACUGUCUAAUGAGAGUAAUAAUAAAGUAAUAGGGGUAUAGAGUAUUAAUAGUGAUACAGUAAGCGUCUAAUGAGAGUAAUAAUAAAAUAAUGGGGAUACAGAGUAUAUAUAUAUAUAUAUAUAGUGAUACUGUAACUGUCUAUUGAGAGUAAUAAUAAAGUAAUGGAGGAUAUAGAGUAUUAAUAGCAGAGCAAGUAGUUUUGGUGAUACAGUGAAUGUUCUAGUAACCGAUUAGAACUCAAUGGAUUUGUAACUGGAUGAAGCUGGAUGUAAGCAUAUAUGCCCCCUUCACCCCAAUUUUACAAUAACAUCUGUUUUUCAAUUAUUAUUAUUAUUAUGAUAUUUAUAGAGCGCCGUCAAAUUCCGCAGCGCUUUACAAUGGGUGGACGAACAGACAUGUAGUUGUAACCAGACAAGUUGGACACACAGGAACAGAGGGGUUGAGGGCCCUGCUCAAUGAGCUUACAUGCUAGAGGGAGUGGGGUAAAAUGCCACAAAAUGGUAAGGAUAGUAUUCGACAAUUGAUACGCUUUUAUGAAGAAGUGGGUUUUUAACGAUUUUUUGAAGUAAUGGAGACUGGGUGAGCAUCUAAUGGAGGAGGGAAGCGAGUUCCACAGGAACGGUGCAGCCCUCGAGAAAUCUUGAAGCCGAGCAUCAGAGGUGUGAGUAUGGACAGAAGAUAGACGUAAGUCUUCAGCAGAUCGUAAGGGCCUAGACAGGACAUACUUGUGUAUAAGGGAGGAUAGAUAGGUGGGAGCAGCAUUAUGUAGAGAUUUGAAAGCAAGAACCAGAAUUUGAAAUUGAGCUCUAUAUUUUAUAGGAAGCCAAUGUAGGGACUGACAGAAGGGUGAGGCAUGGGAGGUGCGGGCGGGCAAGAAGAUGAGCCUUGCCGCCGCAUUCAUUAUGGACUGUAAUGGCGCAAGUUGGGAGCACGUAAGACCACUGAGAAGCGGAUUACAGUAAUCAAGGCGAGAAAGGACAGUGGAAUGGACCAACACCUUAGUCGCAUCUGGCGUUAAGUAGGGGCGGAUGUGCACAAUGUUUUUGAGAUGGAAAUGACAGGAUUUGGUGAUAGAUUCAACCUGAGGCUUGAAGGAGAGGUCGGCGUCAAAGAGAACACCUAGGCAGCGAGCCUGUGUGGUGGAGCUGAUGGUAGCACCGUUGACCAGAAUUUCAGUUUUGGGCAAGUUCAGUUUAAGUGCAAAAGAAUAAUAAGCGCUCUCUUCUCAGGGGUGAGCAGCAGUUCACCAACAAGGUGUUUCUCUACCUUGUGAUAAAUGGACAGAUAAAAUAGAAAGGUGAACAGCGCUAAAAAUCAGAAAAUGUACAUACGUUUUGUAGAAAUACUGGCCAGCAGAGUAGCUUAAAAAAAAAAGAGAAACAAAAAUACUAAUAAUGGUACAGUAUGUAUGAACGAUAUAAUUCCACAAGAACAAAGGUGUCAUAUUCACACUCACACUUUGAGGAGCUAUAUCAGCUUGGUGUUAAGAGCCUGGACGGAAUAAUCCCCGUCUAUGGAUUUCUUGAGGUUCAAGACCGUUGGUGAAUUUAUAGGUGUAAAUAUUCGUUACAUGAAAAACAAGAGUAAAAUACACCACAUGGUAUAGUACGUAAAUAUAAAAUAUUGUGAAAAAAAAAAGUGGAUGAUCCUACUUACAUAUACUAGAGCAACGACCUGCUCUAGUUUGGAGAAUUUCAGGUGGAAUAAUCCCCACCUUGGGAUAUAGUGGACCCAGGUAUAGCAGCAAAGCAGUAUUGGAUAGGAAGGAGGACAAAAUACUCUGCUGGCCAGUAUUUCUACAAAACUUAUGUACAUUUUCUGAUUUUUAGCGCUGUUCACCUUUCAAGUUCAGUUUAAGGAAGUGGGCAGCCAUCCAGUUAGAAACAGCAGAGAGGCAGUCAGAGACGCUAGUCAAGAGGGACGGGGAGAGAUCAGGAGACGACAGGUAGAUUUGCGUGUCAUCUGUAUAGAAAUGAUAUUGGAAGCUAAAGGAGCUAAUGAGUUUACCAAGGGAGGCAGUAUAGAUGGAAAACAGUAGGGGACCAAGGACUGAACCAUGGGGGACACCAACAGAGAGGAGUUGGGGAGAAAAAGCAGAGCUAGAGAAAGAAACACUGAAAGAGCGCUGGUAGAGGUAGGAGGAGCACCAGGAGAGAGCAAUAUCUUGUAGACCGAUAUUGCGGAGGAUGAGAAGAAGCUGUUGAUGAUCAACAGUGUCAAAAGCCGCAGACAGGUCAAGGAGAAUUAGGAUAGAGUAGUGACCGCAAGAUUUUGCAGCGAGUAGAUCAUUGGAUACUUUGGUCAGUGCCGUUUCCACAGAGUGCUUAGCGCGGAAACCAGACUGAAGCGGGUCUAGCAGAGAGUUGGACUCGAGGAAGUCUGUCAAUCUCGCAUACUCAAUUUUUUUCAAGGAUCUUGGAUGCAAAAGGCAGUAGCGAGAUAGGACGAUAGUUGGAUUGGGAGUUAGGGUCAAGAUUGGGCUUCUUUAGAAUUGGAGUUACAGUUGCAUGUUUGAAGGGCAAUGGAAAUAUACCAGAGGGGGGAGAGAGAUUGAGAAUUUUAGUGAGAGGUGGAGAAAAAGAAGACAGAGUACAGAUGAGAUGCGAGGGAAUUGGAUCUAGGGAGCAGGUGGUGGGGCGGCAGGACUGGAGCAGAGCAGAAACCUCUUCCAUUGUAGCGGGUGCGAAUGAACAUAGAACAGCAGGGGGAGUGAAGUUAGGGGAAGUAUUGUAAGGGGAAGAAGAAAGAUGAGAGAUCUCUUCUCUGAUUGUAGAGAUCUUGUCAGUGAAGUCAGUUGCAAAGUCUGAGGUGGUCAAGUUAGUAGGUGGAGGAGAAACAGCAGGGCGAAGAAGAGAGUUAAAUGUGUGAAAUAGUCGUUUGGGUUCGCGGGGGAGAGUGGUUAUAAGGGUAUUGAAGUAAUUAACUGUUGCAGAGGAAAGAGCCAAGCUGUAUGAGCUCAGCAUACAUUUAUAGUGGAGAAAGUCAGAUGCACAGUGAGACUUUCUCCAACAGCGUUCAGCAGUUUUGGAGGUAUCGAGUGAGCUUGGUGUGCCAGGGUUGUUGUUGGGGGGGGCCUGCGGCAUUUAAAUGUACAAGGUGCCAUGAUGUCCAGUUGAGAGGAGAGGGUGGAAUUGUAGAAGGAGGUUGCAGAACUAGGACAGGUGAGGUUUGAGAUAGGUAAAAGGAGAGCUUGGAGAUUAGUGGAGAAAUGCUUUAGGUCAAGACAUUGGAGGUUUCUAUGAGAGUGAUGUUCAGACGGUGGUGUCAAUUGGGUCUUAGGUAUGCCAAUGUCAAAAGUCAGCAGAUGGUGGUCAGAUAGAGGAAAAUGAAUAUUGGAGAGAUUAGAGGCAGUACAGAGGUUGGGGAAGGCAAGAUCAAAAGUGUUUCCUGCUGUAUGGGUUGCUAAAUUGGACCAAAGGACCAAAGGAGGAGGUUACAGAGAGCAGAUGAGAGGCAUCAGUGCAAUUGGGGUUAUUGAUUGGGAUAUUGAAAUCCCCAAGUAUAAGGGAAGGAGUGCUAGAUGAGAGGAAGUAGGGAAGCCAAGAAUAAAAGUGCUCAAUGAAUAGUCUAUGAUAACCAGGGGGGCGGUAGAUGAUAGCAAUUCUUAAAGGAGUGGGUUUAAAUAGGCGGACAGUGUGAACUUCAAAAGAAGAAAAGGAUAGGGCAGAGGGAGUUGUGAUUGGUUGAAAGGUACAUUGAGGGGAGAGAAGGAUGCCUACGCCGUCUCCUUUACAGUUGAGUCUGGGAGUGUGAGAGAAUUGUAGCCCACCAAAACAUAAAGAGGCAGGAGUAGCGCUAUCAGAGAGGGACAGCCAGGUCUCUGUAAGUGCAAGCAAUUUGAGUAAGUUUGAGAUUGAAAAGUCGUGUAUGGUUGUUGAUUUUAAAUUACUGCAGAUGGAGCGGGCAUUCAAAAGUGCACAAUUAAUUUUGGUAAGUGAGGGUAAAGGGCAGGGUAUUGUGAUGAGGUUUGUGGGGUUUCUGGUUGUCUUAGUGUGUGUAGAGAAGGUGAAGGGCCCUGGAUUGGGAGAGACAUCACCAGCUGCUAGAAGUAGGAGGAGAGAAAGUGACAGGAGGUGUGAAUGGGUUUUGUAUGCAUGGGGUCUAGGAUGAGAUCGAUUGUGGGUUGGAGUGAGAGAGUAGAAAAAUAAGGCAUGAGAUGAGAGAAGGGGGGAGUGUAGCAGAGAAGGGCAUAUGUAAAUGUGGAUGGGGGGAUGAGUGAAGUGGGUGUAAGGAGAGAUUUUUAUACUGAGGGAGACUGAGGAAAUAAAGAGGAGGAGAAAACAGAUCAUUGCUAAACUGUGAAAAAUAAAAAUUGGAAAUAAUUGGAAUAUCAAGAGCAGGUGAAGGUAGGAAAGAUAUUAUGUUUUAUGGGUAAAGAAAGUGCAGGAGUGUUUAACCAAAGUAAAAUAUAGGUGUGACAGACAAUCUAUAAAUGUAAUAAUGAGCAUGGGGUGGGAUGGUGUGAGGCAGAGGGUGGGCAUCAGGCUUGCAAAGUUGGGGAAUCAGGCUUUGCAGACGAUCAGGCUUGCUUACUGAAGGAAUGGGCUUGCAAAGUUGGGGAAUCAGGCUUUACAGACGAUCAGGCUUGCUCACUGAAGGAAUGGGUUUGCAAAGUUGGGGAAUCAGGCUUUGCAGACGAUCAGGCUUGCUCACUGAAGGAAUGGGUUUGCAAGUUGGGGAAUCAGGCUUUGCAGACGAUCAGGCUUGCUCACUGAAGGAAUGGGCUUGCAAAGUUGGGGAAUCAGGCUUUGCAGACGAUCAGGCCUGCUCACUGAAGGAAUGGGUUUGCAAGUUGGGGAAUCAGGCUUUGCAGACGAUCAGGCUUGCUCAUUGAAGGAAUAUAGUAACCCACUCCCAAAUCCAUUUUAUUUUUUUGAGUUAUUAUCUAAUUUUCUGAGCCAUAAAUGUGUUUGUUUUUAUCCAUCUCAAACCAUUAACAUAUAUUUGAGAACUCAUAUUUUCCCUGUUAUUAAUUCUAUCCUAAUAAUAUAAUAAAUAUUAUAAAACUGCACUCUGUGUCUUCCUACUCCAUCACUAUGUCUGGCUCCUCCUUUCUUACUAUCACUCCCUUUUCACUUUCUUGACUCCUCCUUCUCGCUUGAUCCUCCCUUGCUCUCACUCUCUCGAUCCUCCUUUGCUUGAUCCUCCUUGACACAAUCCUCCUUCGCUCGACCCUCCUUGCUGUCACUCGCUCGAUCCUCCUAUGCUCGAUCCUCAUUGCUCUCACUCGCUCGAUCCUUCUCGCUCUCACUUGCCUUAUCCUCCUCACUCUCACCCGCUCGAUCCUCCUCAGCAUAGAGUUCUGGGAGUAGAACUGGUUUAUUCAGCUCAAACACAGCUAGCAUGGGGUCUCCAUACAAAAUAUACACAAGCCCCUCCCAGGCGACCCAUUGUCUAAAAGAUAAUUGUAUGAAAACUGAGUAACUCAGUUAUCUCUCAGUUACAGGAAACAUAAAUAAAUAAAAACAUAGGCAUAUUUUGCAGGACCCCCACAAGUUUUAUAUCCGAAUAGCAUGGAUCUGAGCGCACAACAUAUCCAAAUAUCGGUCUGAUCCGUUCAGUAGAACGGAAUUGCCAUUUGGGUAAAGUUAUGAGCGGUUGUCCACGAGGCGAUGGCCUAACUUGAGGAGAAUGGAGAAUUGAGGACAACAGUCGGUCUCCUUUCGGGCAUUCCUGUUCGAACAACGACGAAUGCUCCCCCUGACUUUUAGGUACCAGAUGCUCAACCAAUUGGUAGUUCUGAGCAUCGUUCGUCUAGUUGGUUGGGAAGAUGAAUGGGCAGCGGUACAAUCUUUGCUUGUGUUUGUAAGAUUCCAUGGCCGAAAAUAGUUCCAGGCGUUCCACACCAUCUGCGGCUGCAAGUGUUCGGGAAACAAAAUCGCUGCCAUUCAUUGGAACACGUGUGCUUGGUUAUACGAAUAGCGGCCACCCAGUGAAAGCAUUCGAGUUAAUGUGUUAAUUAAGGUUAACAGCCUGGGGUAGUCGGUGUUCGGGGAGGUAUAAAGCAGGGGACCACACACUAUCCAUUUGGGAGACGAACAAGGGGGUACAACCGAACAAAAGGGAAUGAGUCUGCUACACAUAUUAUAUCCUCAGAUAACCCAGAUCUGAGCACCCAGGUUGCCCAAAAAACUCUCCGAUCCGUUCGGUAGAAGAGAAUCGCCACCAGGGUAAAGUUCUGAUUGGCUGGCCACGAGGUUGAAGCCAGAACAGUUCCAUAGAAAAUGGGGCAGCGGCCGGUCAAUGUUCGGUAGUUCCUGUACGAACACCAGUGAAGGCUCCCACUGGCUUUCAGGGAGUGAAUGCUCCCCGUGGUCGAUGGUAUCUUUCUCCUGAAGAGCGCUCUCCUAGCUGGUCUGGGAGUGUAGCAGGCAGCAGUAGAGUUUCUGUGAUGUUCGAAAAGGGUUACAGACACUCGACGACCAUGUCCUGCUCCCUGUAUUGGGAGCCAAAAUGGUCACCAUUCCUUUGACCACGUGUAUUUGGUUAUACGAAAUGGCGGCAACUCAGGGAAAGCACUAAUUAAUUAGUUAUUUUUGCAGUUAACACGCCACGGGGUGGUCGGUAUUCGGUUGGUAUAACAAGAUGCAGGGGGGGUUCUUGUUCGAGAGCCGAACAAAGUGUGCUCAGGUAGAAUAGCUCCCGAAUUUCAUAAAAUGUUUAACAGUCAGAGGAAGGCAUGUUUCACCCUCUCCUCCUCCUCGCUCUCACUCUCUCCUCCUCGCUCUCACCCUCUCCUCCCCCUCGCUCUCACCCUCUCCUCCCCCUCGCUCUCACCCUCUCCUCCCCCUCGCUCUCACCCUCUCCUCCCCUCGCUCUCCACCCUCUCCUCCUCCCUCCCGCUCUCCUCUCUCCUCCUCCUCCUAAGCUCUCACCCUCUCCUCCUCCUCGCUCUCACUCUCUCCUCCUCCUCACUCUCACUCUCUCCUCCUCCUCGCUCUCACUCUCUCCUCCUCCUCGCUCUCAGCCUCUCUUCCUCCUUGCUAUCACUCUCUCCUCCUCCUCGAUCUCUCUCUCCUCCUCCUUGCUCUCACCCUCUCCUCCUCCUUGCUCUCGCUCUCACUCUCUCCUCCUCCUUGCUCUCACUCUCUCCUCCUUCUUGCUCUCACUCUCUCCUCCUCCUUGCUCUCACUCUCUCCUCCUCCUUGCUCUCAUUCUCUCCUCCUUCUUGCUCUCCUCCUCGCUCUCACUCUCUCCCCCUUGCUCUCACUCUCUCCCCCUCCUUGCUCUCACCCUCUCCCCCUCCUUGCUCUCACCCUCUCCUCCUCCUUGCUCUCACCCUCUCCUCCUCCUUGCUCUCACCCUUGCUCUCACUCUCUCCUCCUUCUUGCUCUCACCCUCUCCUCCUUCUUGCUCUCACCCUCUCCUCCUUCUUGCUCUCACCCUCUCCUCCUCCUUGCUCUCACCCUCUCCUCCUCCUUGCUCUCACCCUUGCUCUCACUCUCUCCUCCUUCUUGCUCUCACUCUCUCCUCCUUCUUCUUGCUCUCACUCUCUCCUCCUUCUUCUUGCUCUCACUCUCUCCUCCUUCUUCUUGCUCUCACUCUCUCCUCCUCCUUGCUCUCACUCUCUCCUCCUCCUUCUUGCUCUCACUCUCUCCUCCUUCUUGCUCUCACCCUCACCUCCUUCUUGCUCUCACCCUCACCUCCUUCUUGCUCUCACUUUCUCCUUCUCCUCGCUCUCACUCUCUCCUCCUCCUCGCUCUCACUCUCUCCUCCACCUUUUUGCUCACCGUAUCUCUCUCCUCCAUUACUUCCUCCUUUCCCUUUUCUCCUUCUUUAAAUCCUUCCUUCAUUAAGUCAGUUUCCAAUCAAUUUGAAAUGUUCUCUCUGUAUUUUCUGACUCUGGUGAUUUAUCAAUAAUUGCCCCAGCAUGCCCCUCUAUCUCUUUUCCUCCCCUCUGGCAGCUUUAUAUUGGAAGAUCUGACAAGGUGUGGAAUAGAUGUGACUAAUGUAAUCACUCAGACAGGAUGUUCCUUGCCAACUUCCAUAGUCAUCAGCAACAUAAUCAGUGGAUGUCGUACUAUCCUUCACAUGAACAGGUCAGCAUUCAAUGAGGGCACCUAGCCAAUGACGUAUACUAUGUGUGAAUGGCUGUUUGACAAAUAACUACUGGCCACCAAUCUGUACCUCUACUGACUGUCAGGACCUGCUGCUAAUGUCUUGGUGCCAGGUCAUGCAGGACAUGUUCAGAGGUCUUGUGAAGUCCAUGCCUCAAUGCAUCAGAGCAGUUUUGGCAGCACGAGGGGUAUCUGCACAGUAUGAGUCAGGUGGGUUUAAUGUUAUGGCUGAUCAAUAUGUGUAUGCAACCUAUUUGUCCUGAUUUGCAGGAGAAUGUAUAUAGUAUGGAGGAAAGCCCAGUGAGUUAGCUCAGAGCUAGUUUUCCUGUUGGUCUAUGUUAAGUUAGCCUUUCAGUCUUAAAAUAAAAUGGCUAGUCAAUGAGUUUGGUGAUGAUCACAUUGAUCUAUUUUGAUCAUUACAUAAAGGUAAACUAUAAGCACUAUAACAACUUUAAGUUAAUAAAGCAGUUUUAGUGUAUAGAUCAUGCUCUUAGAGUGUCACUGCUCAAUUCUCUGCUAUUUAGAAGUCAAAAUACCUUAUUUAAACAGCCCUAGUCACUCCUCCCGGCAUGUGACCUACACAGCCUUCCUAAACACUUCCUGUUCUGAUGUUUAAAACUUCCUUUAUUGCAUUACAUUAAAUCAUUUUCUCUUAUAUACUGUUUGAUCUCCAUCAAUGUAAUUCUAACCAUCCCCAAGAAACAUAACAUAUGAAAUGUUAUGCGCUGGAGUUUAUAUUUAAUGUAAAACAGUGGAGUGCGAUAUCCUCAUAAAGUGCUACCAAUGUGCUUAAAUGUGCUAAUUGUAAAAUAUCAAAAGGGUGAUGACUUAACUGGCAGAAAUAACCAUUUGUAGUGUGCCCGCGAGUAUACAUUAAAAGGGAAAUCGAUACAAAAUAGUGUAAAACCUUAACACACAGAAACCAAAUGGUGUAGUAAAUCUAGGUUUAUUAGCUCUGGAUCACGUGAGUGUUUCAUAUUGUUUUAUCAUACGUGUUAAAGGACCACUCUAGGCACCCAGACCACUUCAGCUUAAUGAAGUGGUCUGGGUGCCAGGUCCAGCUAGGGUUAACCCAUUUUUUCAUAAACAUAGCAGUUUCAUAGAAACUGCUAUGUUUAUGAAUGGGUUAAGCCUUCCCCUAUUUCCUCUAGCAGCUGUCUCAUUGACAGCCAAUAGAGGCGCUUGCGUGCUUCUUACUGUGAUUUUCACAGUGAGAGCACGCAAGCGUCCAUAGGAAAGCAUUAUGAAUGCUUUCCUAUGUGACCGGCUGAAUGCGCGCGCAGCUCUUGUCGCACGUGCGCAUUCAGCCGACGGGGAGGAGAAGAGGAGGAGAGAAGGAGGAGAGCUCUCCGCCCAGCGCUGGAAAAAGGUAAGUUUUACCCCUUUCCCCCUUCUAGAGCCAGGCGGGAGGGGGACCCUGAGGGUGGGGGCACCCUCAGGGCACUAUAGUGCCAGGAAAACGAGUAUGUUUUCCUGGCACUAUAGUGGUCCUUUAAGAUUUUAGUACAAAAAAAUACAAUAUAACACACGUGCUCCCAGGUGGUUAAAUAUAUAUAAAAUAGAGUUAUCCUUUUAGAUUGUAAGAAGAUCCCUCUAAUAUUCUUUAUCAACUACAAAUACAAUCUAAAAAAUACAAAAACACACAGAAACCAAAAAGUGGUGUAGUAAAUUUAAACAUCAAGAACUGUGCUUGUGUCAAAUUGCAUUAACAAUAUAGUAGUGAAUUGUAGGCAUCUAGGAAUCUUUGGGAUUCAGAGGAGCUUGAAAUUCUUCCUUUUCCACCUUAAUCAGGAGGGAGAGACACAAAACAUAGUGCACCAGUAUAAUUAAAUUUACAAAAUGUAUUUAGAUUGAACUCACAAAAUGAUAAAAAUCCAGCAUUUCAAACACUCAGGUUUUUCUUCCAAUGCCACUAAAAUAGGGGCAAGUUGUGGAGAAGCUGGAUGGAUCUAAAACAGAAAAUAAAAUAAAUUUAAAAAAAAGUACAAGAUGCAAAUAGAGUGGGACAAAAAGGUCUUAAAAUUGAAAUGAGGGCAAUUAUUGCAGUGGAUUGGUAAAGAGUGGGUGGUCAGUUUCUUCUUUAUAUUAUUAUCAAUGCUCCAUGAACCUAUUUUGCAGAGCUCUACUAGUCCUACCCACAUACUGUGCUACAUAUCAGUUGCAAUACCACGAAUGUAGUCUAUCUUUUAACUUGUGGAUGUGGUAUUCAGUAUGUAGGUAGGACUAGUAGAGCUCUGAAAACUAGGUUCAUGGAGCACUGUAAUAAUAUAAAGAAGAAACUGACCAUUGUACCAAUCCACUGCAAUAAUUGCCCUCAUUUCAAUUUUAAGACCUUUUUGUGCACGGGUUUGGAGAAGGUAACCCUUGAUGACAAAGGAGGUGACUUAAUUAGAAAAUUGAGACAAAGAGAAGGUUUUUGGAUUUUUAAUUUAAAGACCUUUAGUCCCAUGGGUCUAAAUGUCGAUUUUGAUAUGGUGUGUUUUUUUUAUAAUCAAUUAUUUACAACCUUUUUUAUAUGUAAAUUCACAUCUUUAUACAAAUUUAAUUUAAAUUUAUACUUGUAAUUUUUAUUCACCCAUAUUUUUUCAUCUGGGUUCCUUCUCUAUUAAAAUAAGAAUUUUACAAUCUAUUUCUCGUGACUGUUGUUAUAUUUAUAUUUUUUUAAUCAGAUUUUUAUUGUCAUUUUUUAAUGUAUUUGAUUGCCUUUUGGUUUUAACUAAAGCCCACUUUGACUUAACUUUAUUGAGUAUAUUUUCUGAUUGAUAUACCUUAUUGUUCUUACCUCUCAAUAUUUUACCCGUAACUCGUUGGUACACAGACAUGAGGACUUGUGGUCACGUGAUCGUUCCAUGUGAUACCGGAUAUAACUGUUUGGAACGCAAUUGUAGAUUAUGCUAGCUUUAGUGUAACUAUAAUCUUAAUUUUAUUAAUGACAGAAGGCGAAUAUUUGCUGAAGUCUCUCUUUACUAGAACUCCACAGCAGCACAUUAACAACCAAUCAGGAAAAAGUUAGAUACAAUAAAAGUCCCCUCCCAACCAACUAUUUCCUCUUUCAAGCUGCGACAAAAAAAGAACAGAAAAAAACAUGUACAUCUAAUAGCAGUACAAAAACCAAACAAUAUCAACCGAUGACCUCCAUCCAGAACCCAAAACGGAACGUGGAUCCGUAGAUGAACCAUUACACUUUAACCAGAUAAAGGUCUUGAACGUGGAUCUGUAGACGAACCAUAAAAGCUGAAGAAAGUCUUGAACCUGGAUCUGCAGAUGAAUAAUAAACUGAAACGAGAGAAACAGUCGAACACUCCGAUUAGUGCAUGAAAUGUACUGUGAAAAAUAUGAAGACUCAUAAUCAAUUACAUAUAGUACAAUAUCUAUAAAAUCUCACCCUGGCUUCCCUCAGGAAGGCACAAAACUGAGCCACCCAAUUAUAGCCCUGGAGAACAGACUAUCAACUAGAGGUGGUCAAAUAAAACAAACAAGGUACUAGGGUACGGUGAAACUGGCAGGGAAAUAUUUGCCUCCUGUCAUUAAUAAAAUUAAGAUUAUAGUUACACUAAAGCUAGCAUAAUAUACAAUUUAUAACAUGACAGGAGGCUUCAUAUUUGCUGUUUUAACGCUCAGAAAGCAAAGCAAAAGAAGCACGAUCCACCGGUCUAACCUAAAAUUGUCGAAAGGUACCAUCUCGGGAUCAGAAGCUGCAUGCCUGAUGUCCUGGAGAGAUGUGCCCGCCCUGCAGGCGUUUGAGGCCGCGCCUCUAACCGAAAAAGACUCAGAAGGUCAAAUUUACCCCUGCUGUGGCAAACCUAGCAACUUGUGGGUUGCUGAACUAUAUGUACAAAAGGUUGUCUGCAAUAACCGCUGGAUUAUAUAUUGUAAUAUUGGUCUGUACUGCUAUGUGUAUAGAAUUCGUAUGCUAGCAGCCAAAAGCCGCUAGCAUUCUUGUGUUUCGUUUCACGAACAGAGACUUUACCGGCUGUUCGUGAAAUGAAUGAGCUACCACCCAGUAACCCACACACAGAGGGUCGUGUGGCACUCAUUAACGGUAGUUAAGGGCUUUCCUAGGUGGCCGUCGUUGGGCUACCGACCACGCGGCAGUCUGCCAUCUUGGAUCCUUUGUUUCAUCAGCGUGUUUGGUCAUCGAGCACGUGGAACUGAAAACGGCUACUCGACGGCAUGAACACCGAUGGACUUUACGGCCGUUCGGGAGCUCCGGUCUUUCGCUAUUAUGGUUCCCCAUCGGUGUUCGGUACUUUUAGGCGAACAUAAUGUUAAAGUGUAUUUCGUGCGGCGUUCGGUUAUUUAUGCUGGGAUCUGAGCGGUAUUCUCACGAACUGUGCGCUCAGACCCCAGCUAUCUACCAAACGUCCAUUCGUUUAAAUAAAGUGAAUAUUAUAAAAGUUAUGUAUUUUAAUGGAAAAUGUCGGUUCUGCUGCACGGAGGGAUAAUCUACUUACUGGUAUAUUCCAGUGGGAGUAUCCUUCUCGUCCAGCAGUGCCUGAUGGGAGAAAUGUCCAGGUUGCUAAGUCCCCCAUGUAGUCCCCUACUGUAUAACCCCUGCAAUGUCAGUAGGGAAACCCUUUGCAUGGGGACUUGCAUAAAUACUGGAGCUGUGAAUAAAAACCUCAGUUGACUCCCAGAACUGUGUUUUGUCCGGUUACUGGGGGAUUUGGGAUGUUGCCAUACUUUUCAGCACUUGACUUUGGAAUACCUUCUGUACCAGCGGAGAUCGUGGAAUUUAAUAUUGCAGCUCCGCUACAAUUGGUGGCAAGCGACUGGAUCCAACCUUACAGCCGAAGCGCGGCGUUCGGAUAAAGUGAAACUACCGAACGGGAAAAGUGAAUGGCAAUUCGGAUGCAGCAGAGAACCGAACACAAAAGUGAAUGGAGACAGAUAACACUGCAUUAAAAAGGCAGACACUAAAGGAACUGCUGGAAGCCUGGGGGAAGAUCGCUAGCAACAAGCCAAAAGCCGUGCUGAUUGCCGAAUUGAUGGAGGGAGACUGAGCCCGCAGUGUUACACCCCCACCAGCCAUGGAGGAAACCCCAUACCAAAAAGAAAUGAGAACCAGGAUGGAGUUUCUGCCGCAGCCAGUACCCCUGGAAAUAUUGACCGUGCUGAUGGCGGAUGUGCAGGAGUAUGUGAUGGCACACCGUCCACAGGAGACACUGUCCAGGGCAGAAUCCAUUACUACCUCAGUCUAUGGCCAGGUAAAACCCAAAAUCCCAUAUCAUGCUUUUAAGAUGUUUUGUGAGAAGAAGGAUGAGAUUGAUGGGUAUUUGCAAGAUUUUGAGAGGCUGUGUGAUUUACAUGAUUUGGAGCAGGCAGUAUGGGUACCGUUACUGGCAGGCAAACUGUCAGGUCGGGCAGCAGAAGCCUAUCGCACUGUACCCAGAGAGGACAGCAAGGAUUAUGACAAAGUAAAACGGGCUAUACUAGAACGAUAUGCCAUUACCCCGGAGGCAUACCAGCGCAAGUUUAGGGGAUUGCGCAAACCUGAGAGACUCUCAUGCCGAGUGGGCCCACAAGCUGGACCAAGCAUCACAGGGGUGGAUACAAGCGAGCCAAGCCACCACUAUGGAGGAGUUACGACAAUUGAUGCUGCUGGAACAAUUCUUUAAUGGCUUGUCCCCAGAGGCACAAGAAUGGGUGAGAGACCGCAAACCCCUCACCCUAAACGAAGCGGCCCGACUAGCAGACCAGCAUUUUGAUGCGAGGAGGUAACAGAGGUUACCCUCGACCCACAGUUCAACCCAGUACAGCCUCUACAGCAACCCCGGGGAGCCAACCUCCUCCCUCCUGAUAUAAUGGCAGGGCUAAUAUUCAAUGCCAUACAUGCAGGCAACGGGAGUGCACUCAGAACCGGAGCUGGCAGGCGUGGAACCAAGUACGACAAAACCCGGCACCAAGGGCAGCCUCUCACCACUACCAAGUCGAGCCAGCCACCCAGGAGAUACUGAGUAUUCAGGCCGAAGAACCCCUGGGGAGACUGCACGAAGUGAUGUCGGUUCAAGCCACCGACAACAGGCAACAUAAUCGCCAACUAGUGACUCUGGAGGGGAAAGAAGUGCACGGGCUCCGGGAUUCAGGAGCCACCCUGACUUUGGUAGCACCCCAUUUGGUUCCAGGUUCAGCACACACCGACGGAUCCGUGGCAGUACGAGUUGCAGGGGGAGCAGUGUACAGACUACCCACUGCCAAAGUACAUUUGAAUUGGGGUGCUGGGGAGGGGAUGGUAGAGGUGGGCCUGAUGCAGAAGUUACCCGCAGAUGUUGUACUGGGGAACGACCUGGGCUGGAUGACCUCUGCUUUUAUACCCCAGGCUUCACACCAGGAAGCACAUCCAGUGACCACCAGACAGCAGGCUCGCACCACGGUUCCAUCAGCACACUCUGAGGCUCAGGUAAGAGACGGUGACCCUCACACGACCCGUAUGACCUGGGAUACCCCAACUAAAUUUGAGGCGGAGGUGAAGAUAGACCCCACGUUACAGGUGUACAGGGACAGGGUAAGCACAGACCAGGCCGGAUUAGAGGGGGAGAAAGGGUUAUUAUAUCGUAUUGCCGAAAGAGUAGUGGGGGGGUCGGUCACGGUAACGACUAAACAGCUAGUAGUUCCCCAAAAGUAUAGGCAAGAACUGCUUAGGAUUGCUCACGACAUUCCCUUGUCUGGGCAUCUGGGAAUGACACGCACCCGAUAUCGUUUGACCCACGCCUUUUUCUGGACAGGAAUCUCUAAAGAUGUGCGGCAGUACUGCACCUCAUGCGACAUUUGCCAGCGAGUGGGCAAGAGGGGUGACCGCCACAAAGCCAAAUUAUGCCCCCUACCCAUCAUUGAAGAAGGGGUGGCCGUAGAUAUAGUGGGCCCCUUGCCCAAGCCCAGUCCCUCGGGCAAGAAGUAUAUUUUAACCGGUACCCCGAGGCCAUAGCCCUCUCUAAUAUUCAUGCGAAAACUGUGGCCGAGGCCUUAAUGAAAAUAUUCUCCCAGGUAGGGUUCCCCCAGGAGAUCAUAUCCGAUAGGGGUACCCAGUUCACCGCCGAGGUCACCCAACAACUCUGGAAGAUAUGUGGCAUUAAGCCUAUAGUAAAUUCCGCAUACCACCCCCAGUCCAAUGGUUUAUGCGAAAGGUUUUAACGGUACCCUGAAGCAGAUGCUGCGUACGUUUGGAGAGGCUCAUAAAGACUGGGAGCGAUUUCUACCCCAUCUGCUAUUUGCGUAUAGAGAGGUACCCCAAGAGUCGACAGGGUUUUCCCCUUUCGAAUUGCUGUUUGGAAGAAGGGUGCGAGGGCCAUUAGACUUAAUUAGAGAGCACUGGGAGGGGGAGAGUAGUACAGAUGGGACACCCAUUGUACCAAACGUGCUGGAGUUUAGGGACCGCUUGGAGGCACUAACCCAGGCCGUACGCUCCAACCUCCAGGCGGCCCAACAACGCCAGCGCCGCUGGUAUGAUAGGGGAGCCAGAGACCACAGCUUUCAAGUGGGACAAAAUGUUUUGAUUUUAAAACCUGUCCACACAGACAAGCUGCAGGCCAUCUGGCAAGGCCCAUACCAGGUGGUGGAACAGAGAUGUGCUCAGGGGUAGGGAAGAGACGCAUGCUCCACGUGAACAUGCUCAAACCCUAUCAUGAGAGGAUAGAGGACGUGGCAGUAAUAUGCGCCCCCGCCUCUGAGGAUCAGGAGAACCUGCCACUACCUGACCUAUUAGAACAGGACGACCAGGCAGAGCCCUCCACGAGUGUUCAACUGGAGGAGCGGCUAAGCCCUCAGGAGCAGCCCAGGUGCAGGAGUUGAUUGCGGCUAAAGGAGCCACCUUCUCCAAUUUACCUAGGUACACUCCGCUAGCCACUCACCGAGUCGAGACCCCUGGACAGCUACCUAUGCGGCAGACCCCAUAUCGUAUCCCUGAAGCAGUCAGGGAACAUAUGAGGAAGGAAAUUGAGGAAAUGUUGCAGCUAGGGGUUAUUGAACAUUCCGAUAGCCCCUGGGCAUCGCCGGUAGUGCUAGUACCCAAGAAGGAUGGCACGACACGUUUUUGUGUCGACUACCAGAGGCUAAAUGACAAAACGGUGUCUAAUGCCUAUCCGAUGCCCCGGAUAGACGAGCUGUUGGACAAGAGGGCACGAGGCCAGUAUCUCACCACCAUAGAUUUAUGUAAGGGAUACUGGCAAAUUCCACUAGCCGAGGAUGCCAUCCCCAAGUCGGCGUUUGUCAUCCCGUUUGGCCUGUACCAAAGUCAUGCCAUUCGGGAUGAAAAACACCCCGGCGACCUUUCAACGGAUGGUAGAUCAGCUAUUGGACGGGUUCCAGGAAUAUGCGUGUGCAUACCUGGACGAUAUCGCCAUAUAUAUAGCCAGACCUGGGCAGAGCAUCACAUAGGAGCCGUUAUUGACCGUAUCGGAGAGGCAGGUUUGACGCUGAAACCUAGCAAGUGUUAUAUAGGAAUGGCAGAGGUGCAGUACUUGGGACACCGGGUGGGGAGCGGGCAACAAAAACCCGAACCAGCAAAGAUUGAAGCCGUUGCUAAGUGGCCCACCCCUAGGACAAAAACCCAAGUGCUAGCCUUCCUGGGUACUGCAGGGUACUACCGAAAAUUCGUACCCAAUUAUAGUGCCCUGGCCAAACCCUUGACUGACUUGACCCGCAAAAACCUUCCUCGAUAGGUCGUCUGGGCCCCAGAGUGUGAUCAGGCAUUUAACCAACUCAAGACGGCUCUAACUAAUGCACCUGUACUUGCUGCUCCUGAACCAACUAAACGUUUUCUUGUCCACACAGACGCUUCAAUGUUUGGAUUGGGAGCAGUGCUGAGCCAAGUUGGAGCAGAUGGCGGAGAACAUCCCGUAGCGUAGCUAAGCCGGAAACUAUUACCACGUGAAGUGAGCUACGCCGCCAUCGAGAAAGAAUGCCUGGCCGUGGUGUGGGCCCUCAAAAAGUUGCAGCCCUAUUUAUAUGGACAACCUUUUUCCUUGCUCACAGAUCACAACCCAUUGGUGUGGCUGAACCGUGGGGCUGGAGACAAUGCCAGGCUGCUGCGCUGGAGUUUGGCGCUGCAGCCUUUUGACUUUACAAUCCAUUACCGUCCAGGGAAACAAAACGGUAACGCCGACGGGUUAUAGCUGAUCCGUUGGGAUCAGACUGUAUAUGCCGCCUUGGUUUUGGGGGAGCAUUGUGGCAAACCUAGCCACUUGUGGGUUGCUGAACUAUAUGUACAAAAGGUUGUCUGCAAUAACCGCUGGAUUAUAUAUUGUAAUAUUGGUCUGUACUGCUAUGUGUAUAGAAUUAGUAUGCUAGCAGCCAAAAGCCGCUAGCAUUCAUGUGUUUCGUUUCACGAAGAGAGACUUUACCGGCUGUUCGUGAAACGAAUGAGCUACCACCCAGUGGCCCACACACAGAGGCACUCAUUAAGGGCUUUCCUAGGUGGCCGUCGUUCGGCUACCGACCACGCGGCGGUCGGCCAUCUUGGAUCCUUUGUUUCACCAGUGGUGUUUAAUCGUCGAGCGCGUGGAACUGAAAACGGCUACUCGACGUCACGAACACCGCUGGACUUCCAGGUUGUUCGGGAGCUCCGGUCUUUCGCUAUUAUGGUUCCCGAUCGGUGUUCGGUACUUCUAGGCGAACAUAAUGUUAAAGUGUAUUUCGUGUGGCGUUCGGUUAUUUAUGCUGGGAUCUGAGUGGUAUUCUCACGAACUGUGCGCUCAGACCCCAGCUAUCUACCGAACGUCCAUUUGUUUAAAUAAAGUGAAUAUUAUAAAAGUUAUGUAUUUUUAAUGUAAAAUGUCGGUUAAGCUGCACGGAGGGAUAAUCAACUUAAUGGUAUAUUCCAGUUAGAGUAUCCCUCUCGUCCAGCAGUGCCUGAUGGGAGAAAUGUCCAUGUUGUUAAGUCCCCCAUGUAGUCCCCUACUGUAUAAACCCCUGCAAUGACAGUUGGGAAACCCCUUGCAUAAAUACUGUGACCUGUGAAUAAAAACCUCAGUUGACUCCCAGAACUGUGUUUUGUCCGGUUACUGGGGGAUUUGGGAUAUUGCCUUACUUUUCAGCACUUGACUUUGGAAUACCUUCUGUACCAGCAGAGAUCGUGGAAUUUAAUAUUGCAGCUCCGCUACACCAGCCAAUGUCAACCAUAAAUUAAUUGCGCCAAAGACGGAGACGAGACUGGAUUGAUAGUUCUGAUAGAACAAAUCAAUAACCGGAACGAGAAAGACGAAGAGGGAAGGAAUCACCCCAUAACGAGACAGCGUCGUCGCUACGCAGAGUAUAGGAGAGACGCGGAAAUGUGGGAAGAAUAUAGCUGUCAUAUCCUAGUAGUACGUAUAGACACCCUAAAAGUGACCCCUGCCGGAGAGAAAGAAGAGGCGUCGACAUCUAAGGGUCGGACGUCCGACACACGUCUGAUUGAAAUAAGGCAUAGUAAGAGGGCAAAAUAGCCAAAAGUCAACAAAGGGAAGGUCCUGAGUAUCAGGCCAUUCCUUGGGGAAUGAUAAAAAAAUUGCGCAUACGUCCCAGAGAAAGGAACCCUAGGCCACAUACCUCUGAAACAUCUGCUAAUCAGUACGUGGACAGCCGGAACCGUUGAUCUAACUACAUAAGCCAAACGAUACGAGUGUUCCAGGUCAAACCGGUGUGACCGAAAAUCCAGAACGCUGGUUAAAGUUUGGUUCCGGGCACCAGGACCACCAUGCUGACAAAUAGCAUCUCCUAAUCCCAGGGGCCCAGGACUCCCAGCAGAGGUCCUAGCCGACUGCGAUAACGCCUCAAUACCCCAGGCUCCCCUGAAAGAGUCCAGGCCACUAAGCGGAUGUAUCGCAUCAACUCCUCAUGGCGACCACACUUGGAGGAGAGCGUCCAUCGCUGAACAAGCCUGACCCGUGAGCCAGCUGAAGCAGGUUAGGACCCAAAAGUUCAUCAGUGAGGCGCAAAAGGUCCACUGUGAAUGGACCCCUCCGGUCUACGAUCUUGAGGAAGGUGGGACGAGAGAUCCUACAAUCGCCGGCGUCCCUCCAAUGUCUGGAGAACCAAUUAGUUGUCAGGUUCAACCCCCCGACGGAUACUCUGCCUGGAGGAUAAUGUUGCGUCUGAAGCAGAAACCGUAGAACUCCUUUGUAACCUUCGAGAAAGUCCGGGAGCGGGCUCCUCCCAGGCGGUUGAAGCCUUGCACUGUCGAGGCAUUGUCCAUCCGGAGGAGUACGCAGCAAUCGGAAAAGUGACUCGCAGACUCUGAAUCGCAAACGAUCCUGCAAGCAGUUCCCGGCAGUUUAUGGGAGACACCGACUCCAUCUCUGACCAUGGACCCCCCCGUGGAACUGGUUGUGCAUGCGGCUCCCCUCAGAUCAUCUUGCCGUACAGGCCGACAUGAGGAGUCACCGGUGCAGUUUGGUCUUCACGUCCGUAGUGAGGUGAAUCACUUGGUGAUUGCGUAGUCUCUUGCGUAGAAAAACAAGCCUUCAGCCGCUGCAUGACCCUGUACUGGAGUGGGUCCGGGUAGGUCGCCUGGCUCGAUGCAGAGAGGAGACCCACCACGCGUAGUCCGAUAGGACAACAGGUGCAAUGGCAAAGUCCAUCUUAUCCAAGGAAAUGGCGAAAUCUUCGGCACUCGUUGUCCACCGAGACAGAGAGGUAGACGUCCUUUAGAUCCAGUCCUGCGAACCAAUCUCGCGGCCGGAGGAGGUCCCGUAGUCGAUGUGUGUUCUUCCUCUUGAAAUGAUGGUUUACCACAAUGGCGUUUAAGAUUCUCAGGUUGAACACCGGGCGGAUAUCCCCAGAUCUUUUCCUUACCAGAAAAAUCGAGCUGAAAAAGUUCUGCGUGUCUGGAGUCCACUGGACCACGCCCUAGUCGAACAGAGCUCAAAUCUCAGUGUCUAUGAGGGAUUGUAGCACCCAUAAGGCGGUUUGAGCCAGCGGAAGUAGAGUCGGCGGGAACGAAAAUCCAUGACCUAUCCUCGAGCCGACUGAAGUACUCACACGUCUGAGGAUACCUCCCGUCACUUGUCCAUGCAGUGAAACAGUCUGCCCACAUGCAACAGGGGUAAAGAUAAAUGGCAGGAGGCGCUGUCACCUGCAGAAUAGUCUUGCAUGUCCUCUGGCUCUACUCCCUCUACCUCUGUCCGAUCUCAGUGAGUAGAAGGACUGGGAGUGGAAGGAUGGAAAGAAGAAUGGUUCACGGGCGAAAGAUCCUCUUUAUGGAAAUCUGGGCUUCGUCCCCGCGCCAGACGGAGAAUGCGUUCGACCCUUUCUUCGGAUCCCGUCCAGUAUGGGUCAUGUAUGUGGCGACCAGGGAAGCGAAAAAACCUUAACAGGCCUGGGAAUUCCGCCCAAAGUUUCUAUAAUAAAAUUCCAGAUUUAAAAAGCUGACAGAGGAGGACAGACUUUACACCUUGAUUUAACCCUGAGGAAGUCCUGUUCAGGACGAAACACGUAGGGCGGAGAGACCAAGGAAGUACCUUUUUAUUGAUAUUUGCAUCUUGUACUUAUUUUUUUUUUCUUGUAUUUAUUUUACAUAUUUUCUUUUUUAGAUCCUUCCAGCUUCUCCACAACUUGCCACUAGUUUAGUGGCAUUGGAAGAAAAACCCGAGUGUUUGAAAUGCUGGAUUUUUAUCAUCAUCUUGUGAGUGCAAUCUAAAUAAAUUUAGCAAAUUUGAUUAUACUGGUGCCCUAUGUUUUGUGUCUCUCCCUCCUAAUUAAGGUGGAAAAAGAAGAAUUUCAAGCUCCUCUGAAUCCCAAAGAUUCCUAGAUGCCUACAAUUCACUACUAUAUUGUUAAUGCAAUUUGACACAAGCACAGUUCUUGAUGUUUAAAUUUACUACACCACUUUUUGGUUUCUGUGUGUUUUUAUAUUUUUUAGAUUGUAUUUGUAGUUGAUAAAGAAUAUUAGAGGGAUCUUCUUACAAUAUAAAAGGAUAACUCUAUUUUAUAUAUAUUUAACCACCUGGGAGCACGUGUGUUAUAUUGUAUUUUUUUUGUACUAAAACCUUAACACGUAUGAUAAAACAAAUCAACCUAGCUCUGAUGUUUGUAGCCUCCAGGUCCGGUGAGGUGAGCUUCCGCUCUCUUGUGCUGAUUCUUUAAGUGGAUCCUUUUUCUAGUGGUGUAUCUCAGGGUAGAGGGAAUUUGUAGAAAUAGUGUGACAUUGUGGUAGCAGUUAUACUCACAAGCAUGGCGCAGUAUAAAGGACCACACCACCUUCUUUGAGAACUCGGGUGGUGGUAUUAAAAAAAAUUACUUUAUUAUAGUAUUAAAAACAAAAUAAAUUUACUAAAAAUUACCAAUUCACAGUCCUUGUAUCAUCCAGAAAAGUGUUUCAUCUUCUGUUGGCUUCCUCAAUCCAGUAUAGUAGACUCUCUAGUCCCUGCUCUCCUAUUUAUAUACCUUCUAAUAAUUCCAAUGUCUUUUAAAAAAACGUUUAAACCAAUACCAGUUUUUAACACACACACCCCUUUUUCUACUGGAGUUUUUUUAUAUGUUAGUAGCAUGUGUAAGCUUCAGGGGUCAUAUCCAAGUAAUUCACUUAUUCACCAAAGUCUGAAUUGCACCAUACCGAAUGGGGCAAAACCAUCUGGUGUUGUACAGGGCUAUUCGGAAUGCAAAUUCUGGACAUUAUUCAAUGUUCAGGGCUAGUGUGGACAAUGUCUAAUUUCAGCCAGACCCAAUGCUGCUGAACAGCUAAAAUCCUAACCAACAUGUUCAAAUCUAGGCCAGAAUGUCUCAAAUUUGGGUCCGUUCAUAGAAAACGAUUCGCCCGCUGGCAGCAAAUUAUAAAAAAAUAAAUAAAACUUGAUAAAGCUAGACAAUGUUUGCUAGCCGGCUGCCACAUAGCUAACUAGCCAAAUAUUUACCAAACAGUUAGCAACUAGGUGGGGCUGGGAUAUACUAGGUUCCCCCUAUGUAAAAUAAUAAUAAUAAUCUCCAAAUGCCGCCAAUGGGAUGGGGCUCGCUUGAGGAGACCCUAAACCACCCAUUUCUUUAGAACAACCUCAGUGUUCUUUAUAGUUAUAUGAGUUAUAUGAGAAUAGUAAGUGAUCUUUAUACAGGAGUUAUAUGGGAAUAGUAAGUGAUCUUUAUACAGGAGUUAUAUGGGAAUAGUAAGUGAUCUUUAUACAGGAGUUAUAUGGGAAUAGUAAGUGAUCUUCAUACAGGAGUUAUAUGGGAAUAGUAAGUGAUCUUUAUACAGGAGUUGUAUGGGAAUAGUAAGUGAUCUUUAUACAGGAGUUAUAUGGGAAUAGUAAGUGAUCUUUAUACAGGAGUUAUAUGGGAAUAGUAAGUGAUCUUUAUACAGGAGUUAUAUGGGAAUAGUAAGUGAUCUUUAUACAGGAGUUAUAUGGGAAUAGUAAGUGAUCUUUAUACAGGAGUUAUAUGGGAAUAGUAAGUGAUCUUUAUACAGGAGUUAUAUGGGAAUAGUAAGUGAUCUUUAUACAGGAGUUGUAUGGGAAUAGUAAGUGAUCUUUAUACAGGAGUUAUAUGGGAAUAGUAAGUGAUCUUUAUACAGGAGUUAUAUGGGAAUAGUAAGUGAUCUUUAUACAGGAGUUGUAUGGGAAUAGUAAGUGAUCUUUAUACAGGAGUUAUAUGGGAAUAGUAAGUGAUCUUUAUACAGGAGUUAUAUGGGAAUAGUAAGUGAUCUUUAUACAGGAGUUAUAUGGGAAUAGUAAGUGAUCUUUAUACAGGAGUUAUAUGGGAAUAGUAAGUGAUCUUUAUACAGGAGUUAUAUGGGAAUAGUAAGUGAUCUUUAUACAGGAGUUGUAUGGGAAUAGUAAGUGAUCUUUAUACAGGAGUUAUAUGGGAAUAGUAAGUGAUCUUUAUACAGGAGUUAUAUGGGAAUAGUAAGUGAUCUUUAUACAGGAGUUAUAUGGGAAUAGUAAGUGAUCUUCAUACAGGAGUUGUAUGGGAAUAGUAAGUGAUCUUUAUACAGGAGUUAUAUGGGAAUAGUAAGUGAUCUUUAUACAGGAGUUAUAUGGGAAUAGUAAGUGAUCUUCAUACAGGAGUUGUAUGGGAAUAGUAAGUGAUCUUUAUACAGGAGUUAUAUGGGAAUAGUAAGUGAUCUUUAUACAGGAGUUGUAUGGGAAUAGUAAGUGAUCUUUAUACAGGAGUUAUAUGGGAAUAGUAAGUGAUCUUUAUACAGGAGUUGUAUGGGAAUAGUAAGUGAUCUUUAUACAGGAGUUAUAUGGGAAUAGUAAGUGAUCUUUAUACAGGAGUUAUAUGGGAAUAGUAAGUGAUCUUUAUACAGGAGUUAUAUGGGAAUAGUAAGUGAUCUUUAUACAGGAGUUAUAUGGGAAUAGUAAGUGAUCUUCAUACAGGAGUUAUAUGGGAAUAGUAAGUGAUCUUUAUACAGGAGUUGUAUGGGAAUAGUAAGUGAUCUUUAUACAGGAGUUGUAUGGGAAUAGUAAGUGAUCUUUAUACAGGAGUUAUAUGGGAAUAGUAAGUGAUCUUUAUACAGGAGUUAUAUGGGAAUAGUAAGUGAUCUUUAUACAGGAGUUAUGGGAAUAGUAAGUGAAUACAGGAGUUAUAUGGGAAUAGUAAGUGAUCUUUAUACAGGAGUUAUAUGGGAAUAGUAAGUGAUCUUUAUACAGGAGUUAUAUGGGAAUAGUAAGUGAUCUUUAUACAGGAGUUAUAUGGGAAUAGUAAGUGAUCUUUAUACAGGAGUUAUAUGGGAAUAGUAAGUGAUCUUCAUACAGGAGUUAUAUGGGAAUAGUAAGUGAUCUUUAUACAGGAGUUGUAUGGGAAUAGUAAGUGAUCUUUAUACAGGAGUUAUAUGGGAAUAGUUAUAGUGAUCUUUAUACAGGAGUUAUAUGGGAAUAGUAAGUGAUCUUUAUACAGGAGUUAUAUGGGAAUAGUAAGUGAUCUUUAUACAGGAGUUAUAUGGGAAUAGUAAGUGAUCUUUAUACAGGAGGGGAAUAGUUGUAUGGGAAUAGUAAGUGAUCUUUAUACAGGAGUAUGGGAAUAGUAAGUGAUCUUUAUACAGGAGUUAUAUGGGAAUAGUAAGUGAUCUUUAUACAGGAGUUAUAUGGGAAUAGUAAGUGAUCUUUAUACAGGAGUUAUAUGGGAAUAGUAAGUGAUCUUUAUACAGGAGUUAUAUGGGAAUAGUAAGUGAUCUUUAUACUUUAUACAGGAGUUAUAUGGGAAUAGUAAGUGAUCUUUAUACAGGAGUUACAUGGGAAUAGUAAGUGAUCUUUAUACAGGAGUUAUAUGUAGUAAGUGAUCUUUAUACAGGAGUUAUAUGGGAAUAGUAGUAAGUGAUCUUUAUACAGGAGUUAUAUGGGAAUAGUAAGUGAUCUUUAUACAGGAGUUAUAUGGGAAUAGUAAGUGAUCUUUAUACAGGAGUUAUAUGGGAAUAGUAAGUGAUCUUUAUACAGGAGUUAUAUGGGAAUAGUAAGUGAUCUUUAUACAGGAGUUAUAUGGGAAUAGUAAGUGAUCUUUAUACAGGAGUUAUAUGGGAAUAGUAAGUGAUCUUUAUACAGGAGUUGUAUGGGAAUAGUAAGUGAUCUUUAUACAGGAGUUGUAUGGGAAUAGUAAGUGAUCUUUAUACAGGAGUUAUAUGGGAAUAGUAAGUGAUCUUUAUACAGGAGUUAUAUGGGAAUAGUAAGUGAUCUUCAUACAGGAGUUAUAUGGGAAUAGUAAGUGAUCUUUAUACAGGAGUUGUAUGGGAAUAGUAAGUGAUCUUUAUACAGGAGUUGUAUGGGAAUAGUAAGUGAUCUCCAUACAGGAGUUAUAUGGGAAUAGUAAGUGAUCUUUAUACAGGAGUUAUAUGGGAAUAGUAAGUGAUCUUUAUACAGGAGUUACAUGGGAAUAGUAAGUGAUCUCCAUACAGGAGUUAUAUGGGAAUAGUAAGUGAUCUUUAUACAGGAGUUAUAUGGGAAUAGUAAGUGAUCUUUAUACAGGAGUUACAUGGGAAUAGUAAGUGAUCUCCAUACAGGAGUUAUGUGGGAAUAGUAAGUGAUCUUUAUACAGGAGUUAUGUGGGAAUAGUAUGUUAUCUUUAUACAGGAGUUAUAUGGGAAUAGUCGUUAUACAUGAUUUUUAAAUGUGAUUAAUUUCUUAGGUUAACACAGAACCCGUACCCACCAGUACUUCUUUUACCCAGGCUUACAUUCAGCUUCACUCCAUAUUUAACCUUUUGGUCACCUUAUGGAUUAGUUCCAUAAAAAUAACUCCUCUCUUCAUACUGUGUCCCUUUCCUGUUUCAACUCCGCUUCAUCCACAUUCCCCAUUUAGCUUUAUCAUGGCAGACUUUGGGAACAGAGGCAUUGAUGCUUUCAACGUGAGCUGGCAGACCUCGGGGGAUACGCCUUGUGCCUGCUGCUUGGUCAACACGUCUAAUGGCUCUCGUACCGUCACAUUGUAUGACACGUAAGAAACUAAUGACAUCCUCGCUCUGUAUAGUCAGAACAAAAUCAACAAAUCCUCCUCCACCAGUUUUUUUUCAGUUGUCUGGAAAUGGCUAACCACAAAUUCCUCACAGUAAAUUCUGCCUCUGUGAGAUAAUCAAGGCUAGAAGAAGUCCAUGUCGAUAAUCUAUAAAAUAGAGAAAUUGAUUUUAUCCUGGACAACUUGUCUCAUAUGUUUGAAUGAAAGUGUGAGAUACAGACCAGGUAGCCCUGGUUGGUGUGCGAAUGUUUCAGAUUGGUGAUGUGUAGUGGAGCUCCCGUGUUCCGACUGAGUACCUCUUCCAGGUCCACUUCCUUGCUGCUAUCAGGGACCCAGGUGCUGAGGACUUCUUCCACCCAACCAUGCUGCAGCUCACCUCUCAGGCAUGUAUUGUCCCCUCUGCCUACUUUACAAAGGCAUUUGUGACUCUCAGACCUAGCUCCUACUUAAUUUGUCCUGGGAAUCAGGGACCAGUACAGCCAGACAACAGGUUCAAAAGCUUUGUUACUGGGCUCCCUGAACAAACCACAGAGGGCGCACAUUUCACGAUGGAACUAACAGAAUACUUUAUUUUCACUCAAGACUAGUACCUAUGCACAUUACAUUAAACUUAUGGUGACACACUCAAUCCAAUAUAUAUAACCAAAUCCACCUUGUUGGUAGAGAGCAUCAGCAGAAAAGGGGAGCACACAAAACAUUUAACAAAUAGCAAUAAUACAAAUCCUGCACCUAUAAUGGACACAGCGUGACUUAAACAUAAGAGUCAUCCAGGGACUUACAUGAAUGUCCAUCUUAUGCUCCCAGUGAUGGGGACUACCAUCACAUAUCUCCCCCCAAGUGUAAACUAACAAAGUACACAAAGUUAGUCAGGUAACUCUUAAAGUCUCCCAAAAGAAGCUCCACCGCAUGAUGUUGGGGAGGAAAGCUAGCUGCCUUCUCCCCUGUUUAUCUCACUUUUCUGGAGCUUAUGUUCAGCUCCAGAUAUAUGCGCCUGGGCAGUAUGAUCCCAGCCUGUGGAUAUGUCGCUCAGCUUGGUUCCUUGUAGAUGGUAGGUCAGGGUCAAGGGCCAAUUAAAGUAUUGAGCAUUUCCCUCCAAAUUGCAGUGUCACAGAUAUUACUCAAUUACAUAAAAUGAGAAUAAAAACAGAAAACAUAGUGCUGUUGUAAAAGCAAAAUAAAAGGAGGUAUACUCACAUAAGGAGAGCAAAAAAAAAUAGUUUUUUGCUCAUUCCUGUGUAGCGUAGAUGGUUUCCUCCCCAUCAAGGAGGUAAAAAGUGUGACUCCUUGGGAUAAAAUCUUCAGGGAUAAAAUUUAAGAAGGUCCAGGUAAGGUAAAAAAAAUUGUAUUAUUUAAAACAAAGGUAAUAAAACCAAUGACAUAAAACACUAAUGCAUUUUACCCAUAGUACUUUUUCAAACUCCUCUUUCUGGGUUGUAAUCCACCGCUUGGGAUGGAGGCCGACUAUGUCCACUCCCUGGAGCCCAAUCUGCCGCUGAGGAGGGAGAUGAACUACCUCCUGUCUGCUACCUCUAUCUCCUGACGCUCGGUUGCAAUUCAUUGCUGGGAGGCAGAUGACCUCUUCUCCCUGGGUUGCAAUCUGCCCCUUCUCUCCCUGGUUGCAAGCUGUCACUGGGAAGGGUGGCCAGCUACCUCCUUGCCCUGGAGCCCAGUCUGCCGCUGGGGAGGGAGAUCAACUACCUCCUGUCCCAGGAGUGCAAUCUGGGCUUGGUAGGGAGACUGACUACAUCCACAACCUGGAGCCCAAUCUACCGCUGUUGAGGGAAGCUGAUUCCCUCAUCUCCCAGGAGUGCCAUCUGCUGCUUGGAAGCUACUGGGGUGGCCAGGGUCCCCAUGCCAAGGGGUUGGAGAUCUUAACCAGCUGCCCAGAUCUCCAACCUGAUUCACCUUAUUCAGGUGUGGAGAACACGGUUUCUCCCACACUUACAAGGCCAACAUCCUUGGGUGUGAAGUCUAUUAAAUCCACAGUCUUUGGGGACCGCUGUUGUACAAAGUCGAACAGCUGCCUAUGAUCCUGUUCCAGCUCCAACUCCAAUGUGGCUAGGUAGGCAAGAUUGGGUACCAGGUCUGUCACUUCAUCGAAAUACGGCAUUCAUGAUGUCCCAGAAUCAGAAUACCGCAGGGCUUCCAAGCUCAGUCUUAGCCUCCUUCAAUCGUCAUCAUCUGCUAGCCACGGGUACUUCUGGACCGCAUACUACUGUAAGGCCUAAUAAUGAGAGAUACACCAAGUGAUAAGCCUGGCUGGUAUUUGAGAUAUAGACGUGAUGACACUCACGGCUGAUGCACGAGUUACAGAUCAGUUGAUACUCACGCCUGAUGUUUGAAAUAUAGACCAGGUUAUAGUCACGGCUGAUGUAUGACUGCUACAUUUUUGGGCUGCGUAUGGAUAUUUUCCCUUAGAAUUUAGUUUUGGCUCUGUUGGAUGAUGGAGCGAAAACAGGCACCUAUAAUAGGGAUAAUUUUCCAUAAUCUUUCUUAUUUCAGGAAUCUUCCAGAUGUGACAGCACAGGAUUUUGAGAAAGUAGACCUCACCCGGUAUAAAUGGAUUCACUGGGAGGUGAGCCCUUGGCCUGUAUUUGUGUUUCCUGAGUACAUUCAAUCCAUUCACAUAGAGCAGUGUAUAUCCAGACCCCUGACUAUGUAUGAGACCCCCACGGUGUGACGUAUCAUGUAUCUAAAAAAAAAACAACUAAUGAACGUAGGACCAGCCAUAAAGAUGGGGGAACCACCGAUUAUAUAAUCAUUCUAGAAAAGAAGAUUAUUCAAGAAACCUUUAUUAAACAACGAGAUAAAAACAUAUACAGAGACAAACACAUAAAAAAGUGCAAAAUGAAUAAUGUGCUGAAUGUGUGAGAAAGGAGUUUUUAUUACUCCUGGUUCCUCUCCUUUCUUACGUAACAGUCUGCCUAGACCAAAUUCACCAGGUAAAUGGGUAAUGUAUGACAUAGACAAUCUCAGUCACUGCGGAAAGGUCACCAUAUCAUACUUCUUGCACAAAUCCAGCAACAGCAGGUCAAACACUCUGUUACUGGAUUCUCCAACCAUACAGACAGGAGACACAGUUCCCAGCAGAUCUAAUAUUCAGUAUGUUCAUUUUGAACAAGGACUAGUGUUUAGUGACUUGUUGGAAAAAGGUGGUGAAAACCAUUUAAAAUACAAUUAUACAGCACAUUGGAGAACAAGCAAUUAUAAUUCAUACAUCAAAAUAUAUAAUGCAGGUACCUCUUUCUAACAUAAUAAAGAGCAAAAAUAUAUGCAUUUAAUUGCUUAUUUGUUUGUACUAAUUUGCAUACCAGCAUUAUGUAAAUUUUCACAUUUCUCUUUCGUUAACAGAAGUCGCUGCAGAGUUAUCACAAUACCAAUGCAUCAUGUGUACAUUGGCUGCUACUGUCUUACUGGCAUUCUUUACCAGGUUUCUUUCCCACGUAUACCUUUUAUAAUUUAACCCUUUCUAUGUGUCCUCCUAGGGCAGAAAUGCAAAUGAACAGUUAAAGAUGAUCUCCAGGGUUGAAAAAUACAAUAGUACCGCCCCCAAGGAGCAACGCAUCACUAUCUCGGUGGAGAUUGAGAAAGAGAGAGAGGAACUUUAUCAGCUCUUUCCCCAUGGAGACUUAGUAAGUGUAAGGACCCUGUCAAUGCCUCAGGUCACUCUAUCAGUGUUAAAGAGAAUAUUCUACAUAGAAGGUUUAUCCUGCUCUUAUCUCCUCAAAUAUUGAACUUUUACUAAUGGAAAGACUCAGAGGACAGUCCCCAGCAAAUAGUCCAUGCCCCCACACUCCCUGACCAACCUUACAUCCCCCACCUGUUCUGGGUUACACAGUCCAUGCCCCCACACUCCCUGACCAACCUUACAUCCCCCACCAGUUCUGGGUUACACAGUCCAUGCCCCCACACUCCCUGACCAACCUUACAUUCCCCACCUGUUCUGGGUUACACAGUCCAUGCCCCCACACUCCCUGACCAACCUUACACCCCCCACCUGUUCUGGGUUACACCGUCCAUGCCCCCACACUCCCUGACCAACCUUACAUCCCCCACCUGUUCUGGGUUACACAGUCCAUGCCCCCACACUCCCUGACCAACCUUACAUCCCCCACCUGUUCUGGGUUACACAGUCCAUGCCCCCACACUCCUGACCAACCUUACAUUCCCCACCUGACCACAGUCCAUUACACUCUUGACCAACCUUGUUCUGGGUUACACCCCCAUGCCCCCACACCUCCCUGACCAACCUUACAUCCCCCACCUGUUCUGGGUUACACCGUCCAUGCCCCCACACUCCCUGACCAACCUUACACCCCCCACCUGUUCUGGGUUACACAGUCCAUGCCCCCACACUCCCUGACCAACCUUACAUCCCCCACCAGUUCUGGGUUACACAGUCCAUGCCCCCACACUCCCUGACCAACCUUACAUUCCCCACCUGUUCUGGGUUACACCGUCCAUGCCCCCACACCUCCCUGACCAACCUUACACCCCACCUGUUCUGGGUUACACAGUCCAUGCCCCCACACUCCUGACCAACCUUACACCCCCACCUGUUCUGGGUUACACCGUCCAUGCCCCCACACUCCCUGACCAACCUUACAUCCCCCACCUGUUCUGGGUUACACAGUCCAUGCCCCCACACUCCCUGACCAACCUUACAUUCCCCACCUGUUCUGGGUUACACAGUCCAUGCCCCCACACUCCUUGACCAACCUUACACCCCCCACCUGUUCUGGGUUACACCGUCCAUGCCCCCACACUCCCUGACCAACCUUACAUCCCCCACCUGUUCUGGGUUACACCGUCCAUGCCCCCACACUCCCUGACCAACCUUACAUCCCCCACCUGUUCUGGGUUACACAGUCCAUGCCCCCACACUCCCUGACCAACCUUCCACCCCCACCUGUUCUGGGUUAAGCAGCCCAAGCUCACAGCCUGUCCCAGUCAAUCGUUUAUUCUCUUAGCAAACGGAAAAUGCUUUCACCAUUUCCCAAUAAGCAACCCAUACCACCUACUGUUUCCAGUAAAUAGUCCAUGUACCCACCCUUUCAUGGCAAGCAGGCCAUGUACCCACCCUUCCCACACAAACAGUCUAUUCCUUAACCUUUUCCACCAACCAUUCCAAACUGGAAACCAAGGCCCCGUUCUCACAGUAAUUCUUUACACCCUUGUUCCUUGGUAAACAAACCACACUACCUUCCUUUUCUCAGUAAAUGGGCCAUGGCAACACAUUGUCAAUAAUGGCCCAUUAGACACUCUCUUAGUAAUGAGUACUGCUCUCAUUUUUAUUGUCAUACUAGUAGAUAGUAUAACUAGCGAAACACAAGUCCACAUCUUGCAUGCAAAUUAUAGUUUUAGAAUUAUUUGCCUAUAAACCAGAAGAAACCGUAUUCAGAGAUAUAGGUAAUUCAUGAAUUAUCACCCACAGUUCACAUAGGAGAUAUACAAAGCCCAUAUACAAGUUAAAUAGAGUAAACAAAUUAUAAAGAGUAACAGUCCACCUGGCACUCUCUUAGUGUAGAGGCCAGCACUCUGUCAGUAGCAGCCACAGGGCAGUCUUAGUGUAAAGGCCAGCACUCUGUCAGUAACAGCCACAGGGCAGUCUUAGUGUAAAGGCCAGCACUCUGUCAGUAACAGCCACAGGGCAGUCUUAGUGUAGUGGCCAGCACUCUGUCAGUAACAGCCACAGGGCAGUCUUAGUGUAGUGGCCAGCACUCUGUCAGUAACAGCCACAGGGCAGUCUUAGUGUAAAGGCCAGCACUCUGUCAGUAACCAGCACUCUGUCACAGGGCAGUCUUAGUGUAAAGUGGCCAGGGCAGUCUCGCCAGCACUCUGUCAGUAACAGCCACAGGGCAGUCUUAGUGUAGUGGCCAGCACUCUGUCAGUAAUAGCCACAGGGCAGUCUUAGUGUAGUGGCCAGCACUCUGUCAGUAACAGCCACAGGGCAGUCUUAGUGUAAAGGCCAGCACUCUGUCAGUAACAGCCACAGGGCAGUCUUAGUGUAAAAGCCAGCACUCUGUCAGUAACAGCCACAGGGCAGUCUUAGGGCAGUAACAGCCACAGGGCAGUCUUAGUGUAGAGGCCAGCACUCUGUCAGUAACAGCCACAGGGCAGUCUUAGUGUAAAAGCCAGCACUCUGUCAGUAACAGCCACAGGGCAGUCUUAGGGCAGUAACAGCCACAGGGCAGUCUUAGUGUAGAGGCCAGCACUCUGUCAGUAACAGCCACAGGGCAGUCUUAGUGUAGUGGCCAGCACUCUGUCAGUAACAGCCACAGGGCAGUCUUAGUGUAGUGGCCAGCAGUCUGUCAGUAACAGCCACAGGGCAGUCUUAGGGCAGUAACAGCCACAGGGCAGUCUUAGAGCAGUAACAGUCCACCUGGCACUCUCUUAGUGUAGUGGCCAGCACUCUGUCAGUAAUAGCCACAGGGCAGUCUUAGUGUAGUGGCCAGCACUUUGUCAGUAACAGCCACAGGGCAGUCUUAGUGUAGUGGCCAGCACUCUGUCAGUAACAGCCACAGGGCAGUCUUAGUGUAGAGGCCAGCACUCUGUCAGUAACAGCCACAGGGCAGUCUUAGUGUAGUGGCCAGCAGUCUGUCAGUAACAGCCACAGGGCAGUCUUAGGGCAGUAACAGCCACAGGGCAGUCUUAGAGCAGUAACAGUCCACCUGGCACUCUCUUAGUGUAGUGGCCAGCACUCUGUCAGUAAUAGCCACAGGGCAGUCUUAGUGUAGUGGCCAGCACUUUGUCAGUAACAGCCACAGGGCAGUCUUAGUGUAGUGGUCAGCACUCUGUCAGUAACAGCCACAGGGCAGUCUUAGUGUAGAGGCCAGCACUCUGUCAGUAACAGCCACAGGGCAGUCUUAGUGUAGAGGCCAGCACUCUGUCAGUAACAGCCACAGGGCAGUCUUAGUGUAAAGGCCAGCACUCUGUCAGUAACAGCCACAGGGCAGUCUUAGUGUAGUGGCCAGCACUCUGUCAGUAACAGCCACAGGGCAGUCUUAGGGCAGUAACAGCCACAGGGCAGUCUUAGAGCAGUAACAGUCCACCUGGCACUCUCUUAGUGUAGUGGCCAGCACUCUGUCAGUAAUAGCCACAGGGCAGUCUUAGUGUAGUGGCCAGCACUUUGUCAGUAACAGCCACAGGGCAGUCUUAGUGUAGUGGUCAGCACUCUGUCAGUAACAGCCACAGGGCAGUCUUAGUGUAGAGGCCAGCACUCUGUCAGUAACAGCCACAGGGCAGUCUUAGUGUAAAGGCCAGCACUCUGUCAGUAACAGCCACAGGGCAGUCUUAGUGUAGUGGCCAGCACUCUGUCAGUAACAGCCACAGGGCAGUCUUAGUGUAGUGGCCAGCACUCUGUCAGUAACAGCCACAGGGCAGUCUUAGUGUAAAGGCCAGCACUCUGUCAGUAACAGCCACCCGGCUUAGUAAACAUGGCUUAAUGAUUAACUCUUUCUGUCUAUAGGUUUUUGUGAGCAAAGAUGUAGCCAAAAGUUUGGGUUUUUCUUGUGCCAAGGACGCAGUAAUUGGGUUGUAUCCUCGCGUGAAGAGUGGGUGAGUAUAUUUGUACAAUUAUGGAUUGAGCUAGUCAGUGGAAUGAAUGAAACACUUUGUGAAGAAGCCCACUUUUGUU